UCGUGCGCAUGAUUUUGACUGUUCGUUCUGUUUCAAGCCUUUAAUUUCGAGACAUUUUUCUCACUGCGUUUAUUUUCUUACUUUUACGAAAAAAUUUCGCGUUUGCUGCCGUGCCUUCGGUAAAUCGUGCGUGCGACGGAGCACCUGUGACUGUGAGGGCCUCGCAUUCUUCGAACUUUCACUUUUUACCUUGAAGUUGGGUUAAAACAAACUGGGAAAGAACAUAGGAUCUUGUGGUAAUUAAUUCUAAGCAUGAUGAUUCUCACUUUCUCCUUUUCUCUUUCUCACUUGCAAUUUUACAAUAAUCCUCCUAGGCUUUGAUUUAUUUGUAUUAUUUUCCCUCUUAUCACAAUGUUCAGUAAAUUAGUGAGGUGUAGUUCAUCCUUCAAGAAUGUUAAAACUGUUGAAGCUUUUGUAAGGAGCAGUGCCAGUGAAAAAUGUCUUACUGUGUGUUGUGUGAAUCUCAAAAGAGACUUCAGUGUCAGCCGCAGUACAUCAUCUGUCUCUGGAAAUCCAUCUCAUAGUCAAAGGCCUGACUGGAAUCGAGCUGUAUCUGAAGCUGAGAAAAUUGUUGGAUAUCCUACUUCGUUCUUGAGUCUUCGUUGGCUGCUCAGUGAUGAAAUCGCGAACGUAGCCCUUCAUCUGAGGAAACUUGUUGGCUCCAAUCAUCCUCUGCUGAAAACAGCAAAGAGUUUGCUGUAUAAUGGCCGUAAUAACAUGCAAGCAUGGGGGCUCAUUGUUCUUCUCAUCUCUAAAGCCGCUGGACAUUUGAAUGUCGAAGAAAUGGAGGAAGACAAAGCAGCAGGAGUAUUACACAGCCAAAGGGCCUUGGCAGAAGUGACGGAAAUGAUCCGGACUAGUCAUCUUGUCCACAAAGGGCUUGUCAAUAUUUAUCCUGGCCUAUACCCGGAACCCGGUGUGCUAAAUGACAUGACUUUUGGAAAUAAGAUUGCUCUUCUAAGUGGUGAUUAUCUUCUGGGAAAUUCCUGUGCUGAACUUGCUUCACUUCGCAAUCAAGAUUUAGUUGAACUGAUGAGUAGCGCAGUCCGCGAUCUUGCGGAAGGUGAAUUUCUCGGCCGUCGUGACUUGCAGAACAAUCCGUUGCCCUCAAGACCAGAUCCAGCAGUGAUGCAGGCUCCAAGCCCUCCACCUGUUCCUGGGCGGCUCCCCCGUACGCCUGCGCUACUUGAGUGGACUCACCGUAAUGUUCUUUCUGCUGGAAGUUUAUUGGGCAAAUCGUGUCAAGGAACACUGAAAUUAGCUGGUCAUGGAACAGAGCUUCAAGAGCAAGGCUACAAAUUUGGGAAACAUCUCGCUCUUGCUUGGCAGGCAUGCUUAGAUCUUGAACCGUUUACCAGUGGUUCGCAUUACACACUCGGAACAGCCUUCAAUUUGACAUCAGCUCCCGUCAUGUUCCACCUAGAGCAUGAUCCAUCUUUGUUCGAUGAAAUUGACAAAGGAAUUGAAUCGGUCCAUGACGUAGAUUACACAAAGGUGCACAGCAUUGUCUCUAAAGGCAAGGGAUUGGCACUUACAAAACAGCUUCAAAAGGAACACUCAAGGAAGGCAAUGGAAGUUUUAGAGGUUUUCCAAGAGAGUGAUGCACGCACUGCUCUUUCAAACAUAAUAGUUGCUAUGGGUGAACUUUGACAUCUCCUCUACUACCGUGACACAGACAUUUGGAAGUAGGGUCUGAUUACUCUAUUUCUCUGCCUAUUGUUUAAUUUGUGUCCCAAAUCAACUUCCUGAAAGCAAACAUAUUAUUACUCAAAACUAUAAUUUUUUAAGCGAAUGAAAAUUCAAACAUUUUUUUGAUACCACAAAGGUUGUUUUGCAAGUAAGUUCCACAGGCUAAUUUCUACAAAAUUACUAAGAAAAGAGUAAAUUUCAGUGAUUCUUAAUUACUAAGAAAUUACUGAAUUCAAGCGGUUAAGAAUAGUGAAAGUUUUGGCCUAUCUGGUGCAGGUGUGAAUUUACAUAACAUGGUUUUGGAGUUGCCUCUUGAAAAAUGUAAGUGACAAUAAUCAGCUUUUUUUAAUGACUCAAUUUUCACACAACAAUUUAAACUUAUGGAUAGAAGAUGAUACGUACCGCUGCAUUGCUGUAUCUUUUUUUUUUGUCCACCAAAUCUAAUUAACUGCAAAUCUUUGUCCCGAAAAAUUGUUGAAAGGGAAAAAUGAGUUAUUUUGCUUUCUCUUUUUUCAUAUUAAAAUAAAUGUUGAUGUAAUAUAAAUGUUAAUGUUUUUAAAAUGUUCAAAAACAUCUAUUUUUUUACUUGAUAAAUAGCUCGAUCAAUUCUUGCAUUCUUAUGCCUAACACGUGCCUUAAGAAGCUUUUUGAAUUCAGAAGCACUCAAAGAGAAAUCCAAGCCACAUGAUUUUCAUGAAAUUCACUUUUUUUUAUAACUGCAUCUGAGUGAGAUAGGUGGGUGUUGAAAACUGAAAGACAAAUAGAGCAUCUUAUGGAAAUGGAAAAUUUGCUUUUUAGUCUCUAGUAAUGAGCUGGGGGUUUUUUAUCCCUGCAUUCUUCUCUAAGGGCGAUUUGCUAAAUCGUUCACAAAAAUUUGUAUGAUCGUCCGUCCUGAUUAUUUAAACCUAUAAUGCUAUCGAAACUGUCAAUGCAAAAAGUAAUAGGUUUUAAUAUCAUUGUGAUUUUACACUUCUAUUUUCCUCUAUUCCAAAAGAGUAUAUAAUCAAAUGAAGUAAAUAGCUUUCUCAUUAUCAAGCCUAUCUUAUAGGAGCGUACUUUAGUCUCAAGCUAUUCAUAAAGGUCUUUUUUUUGCCUAAAAUUUUGUGUAAAAGUUGAGGUGUGGGUUUUAACUUGAGUCCAGUAUUCUCUACAGUGGCUCCUGGAAUAUUUUUCUAGAUUUGCAAGAGAGUUUGUGUGUUAUGAAAUAAGAUCAUCUCUAAUUUGUAUACUAGAAAGGGUCUUGAAUCGAGAGAGUCACAAGCGCUGGAGGUUUGCUCCUCCUGUUUUUGCAAGUUUAUUUAAUGUUAUCAGGUACAUUCGUGGACAGCUCUUCAUUUUUGACGGAGCAGAAUCUUAUCUUAAGAGGAAAGCUUUUUUUUAUAGCUCACUUGUCGGAGCCUUUGGGGUUACCUACAUCUGUGUUUUAACAAAUGAGUUCUUUAUUGUUGACUUGAUUUUAUGUUAUUUUAUUCUUAAAUAUUUAUUUUUUUUGUGAAGUUGUUUGUUCCAAAACCAAACAUGAUAACCAUGUUACAAUUAGGAGAAUAAUAUUUCUUAAUUUCGAAAGCUUUAAAACCAUUCUCUUUUGAAGAGCAAGUAUUUUAAGGUCAUUAUUAAGUACCCAGCAAAAAACCAAAAAAAGAAACCUAAUUCACCAUACUUUGUAACUUGUUCUUUGGUAUUUAUGAACAAUUUAUUUUGUUAUCUGUGGACAUUGUUACUCUACCAGUCUGACUUUAGCCAUAGAAUAGUUUUUCCUUGUGUUUUGCAUCGUAUCACUCUUAUUUAAGUUUUCUCACAAUACAAGGAAUUAGAUUAUUAAAAUUUGAUUGUCUAGGGAUUCUCACAUCUAAAUUAGCAGUUUUGUUGUUGUAUCCAAAAUCCCAAUUUUCGUUACUCCAAGCAUUAUUAGUGGCUGAUGAAUAAUCAAGAGAGGUUCUCUUUUUUAAUUUGAAGGAGUUUUUUCACGUUUGGUAGGAAAUUUUUAAUUGUAAAAAUUAUUCUCCACUGCCCUGUGCCACUGAAUAAUUUUGACUGUGAUUCGUCAAAUCCUCUUGGUUUUACUCUCUGAGGCAACCGAAAAUCAAAUUUUACUCCAUUAAAUAUGCUUAGCACUGAUUUUAGUCAUUGUUUUUUAUUGGAAACGAUUCAUUGUUAGCCUCUGGACGUUUUUCGUGCUUUUUGUUUUGGUUUGUUGAUUUUUACUGAAAUGUAUCUGAUUUUCUUGUGCAAUAUAAUAUUAAUUGGUGCCAUUCAACCAAAUUGGCUUUCCACAAGUUUUCAGAAUAACCAUCUAUCAUCUCCUUUAAUUUGUACAGUCUUGCACGAACUAAGGGACACUUUCUUCCUGGAACAUGCUAGUAUAGAUACUAUUUUUUUCCAACCACCCCCUAAAAAUUUUGCCAACCCUUGCUGAGAUAUUUUGACAAGACUCCCAUAUCACAUGUCAUUUACAUUUGUCUGUUCUACGAGCAGCUCAAAUAAAUUAUUCUGUGACCAGUCACAUGACUCAACUUUGUCAUAAUCUCUAAUACUGUUUAGCUAAUGAACUGCAACAUGUUUUGGGUUCUUUUUAUUAUAUUGUAUUUUAUUUCAUUUUUUUUUUUUUUUUUGCCAUAAACGUCCAGUUACCAAUUGUGUGUUUUGUAUCAAUUUUCUUGUGAAGUCCUUUUCUCUUGAGAGAAUCAUAUUUUGAUAGAAUCUGAAAAUUGAGAAUUUCAUCAGCCCUUUCUCCGUAAUUAAAAUUAAAUUUUUCCGUUUUGAGGUUGUUUUUUUUUUCUUUCUCUCUUUCUUUUUUUUCGUUUUUAGCAAUACUAUACAAUUAAUAGGUCCUCCCUAGCAAAAAAGUGAAAACAGUUUUCCUUCGUUAAAAAUAGUAUUGUUUCUGCAGAAAAAACAGCACAGCAGCUUUAUCAUGUGAAUUAGGUUCUGUGGCAGAAAGUUUAUAGAACCACAGUAAAUUUCUUUUUGAAAAACACACCUAACAAAUUAAUCAUGUAUAUUUUGUAAUUUUUCUCCUUUGUAUACAAAAAAUGAAUACCGUUAUGAAUACUCAUACAAAUUCAGUUAUUAUUUUAAGUGUUUUUUCAUCUUGUUAUAUUUUAUUACCAAAUAUUAUCCAUUCAUUAUAAGAAUAAGUAGUGUUAAUUUUUAAUUUAUUAAUAAUUACAAUUGGAUUUAGUCAUUCGCAUGCCUAACAGUUUUACCUCAAACGAGAGUGCAUCGGAGACUAGUUUCAAAUUCCUUUACAACAUUAUUUUUUUUUUCUAAUGAAAUUGUGUGCAGUUAAUUUUGCAUGAUCCAAUUUUAGCAAAUGAUCAAUUUACCUUCUCAAUCAACUUGAAACUUAUCUGUUUGUUCAUCUGUGUCAUGAUUCAAACAGUCAUCCAUUUAUGAUUCAAAUGUUAUAAUUUCAGAAUGAUUUCUUUUGCAUGUACUUUAUUUUUAAUAAAGACCUCAGAGCUUGUAUUCACUUUAUUUAAGUGAUGUUCAAUAAAUCCUCAUUUUUUAACGAA